AUGGAUAGAGUAGCGAAUCAAGGAGGCUCGCCUGACGUACUUAAACAAUCAAUUCUUUACGAAGCGCGCGUUGGGAUCAAGCGACCAAGAACUCAAGGGAAAAAUACAAAUGACCGAUUUGUCGAUUCACUCAGAGCGGCCAGCAGUGUUAAAUUGCUCGAAAGCCCAAAGACUGAAGCGACUCAAAUCCUAAAUGAGAAAGCCUCUUUUGCAACAGCAGAAAGUGAUGCAAUUCACAAUGACGGGACACGCGAAAACAAUGCUCCCUCCAAACUCUUCAAAGAUGGGAAAGUGAGUAUCGUACAAUACAAGACAUCGAAGCAAAACCUUGAAUCAUCAACUUUGGGGAAGCAUCUCGACGUAGCCUAUCGGACCUUUCCCGAGAAACUCAUGGAGUUGCUUGAGACCGAAGCCUUGAAGGACGUGAUGUGGUGGCUAACAGAUGGAGAAGGGUUCGCACUAGCACCGCAGCUGUUUUCCAGCAAAGUCUUGUCUCCAUACUUUUAUGGAACAAAGUUCGAAAGUUUCACCAGGAAGCUGAAUCGAUGGGGGUUCAAGCGCGUUGCAGGACAGAGAGUGCCACCAAAUGCUAUUGCAUACCACCAUGUACUAUUCAAAAAGGGUAGAUUAGAUGAGCUGAAGGGUAUAAGGAGUGGACGGAAAAGCCAAGCACCUGCCAUAACACGACAUGGAAAUUCAGUAUAUGCCGAAAUGCGCCACAAUGCACAGUUCGCAGGUGUUUUGCCGCCGGUAGCUACGAUAGAAGCCGGAUUACCUGUAAGGCUCCAAUUGUCAUCAAAUUUUUUCGGCGUUCCAUGCAGUAAUUUCCUGCCUCACUCUAGUGGAGCGACUUUUUCAGAGCGACAGGUGAUGCGCCUUUUCAGGCUUCAACACAUUCAAGAGGAAAACACGUCCAGUUCAGAUGUUCAAUUGCAACGGUCACUUGAUUUGAGAUCGUUCAGUAGCAGCACAGCUAUACAGCAGAUGCUGGAGUCGCAGCAAAGUGGCCGUCUAGCGAUGGAGAGACAGCUGCAAAUAUUCCAGGCCAAUGAAGCUGGUAGACAGCAUGCCGCCCGCCAGGCGUUGUUCCAACGUCACGCGGCUGAGCAGGAUCAUUUGCAGCAUUAUCACCAUCAAACACAGAUGCAACUACAGAAUUUAGUGAAUAUAUCAUCUGAUGCUAGAUCACUUCUCUUGGCUAGCCUCGGUUACUCCGCUAGCCAGCACCAAAACAUUGCUCCAGAUAUGAGGACGUUACAAGGCGUUGGACGGGAUCAGACAUCCUUCCCUCUAGCUUCACUGGAAAGUCUGCGAGAAACUGAUCCUGUGCUCUACCAAAUGAUUGUACUCAAAGAGCAGGAGCAGCUCAACCAGAGGCUGCGACGUCCUUGA